CACACUCUUAAUCAUCAAAACCCUAGAUCUAUUUUUAUCUUGCAAAAUGCACUUUUGUUACUACGGAACAGAAUCUGCGGCCGUCUGGUGGAACGACUCUUACACCAUCCCUGCAGCAAAACACAGCGUUUCAUUGACGGAUGAUCAUCCAUUGGAGCGCAUACAGAAAAUGGCUUCAGCUAAUGCGGUUGUGAUCUUCAGCAUUAGCACUUGCUGCAUGUGCCACGCUGUUAAGAGGUUGUUCUCCGGCAUGGGCGUCAGCCCCACCGUCCACGAGAUUGAUCAAGACCCCACUCGACAAGCUGAUCUUGAGACCGCUUUGCUACGCCUCCUCGGUGGCGGCUCCUCCCCCGUGCCCGCGGUGUUUAUCGGGGGCAAGCUUGUCGGUUCAAUGGAUAGUGUUAUGGCCUCUCAUAUCAGUGGCACACUUGUCCCACUUCUCAAACAAGCUGGUGCCCUUUGGCUUUAGUACUUUUAUCUAAUGCAUGAUUCAUCUCUUCAUUUUCUUUUUUGAGUUUUUUUUUUUUUCUUUUUAAGAAAAACUCUUUCUUCGUUUCUUGCAAAUCAAAGUGUUCGUGGAACAAGAAACGUGAAAGAAGCCAAUUAAUUACAAGGUGUGUGUGAUCAAUAUAAUUGGCAUGUAAUUUCUUGAACAUAUGCACGUAUCCAAGAAAGAGGAGUGUACCAAGUACUACAUAUUAAUAACUACGUACCCUUUUUCACAAUAUUAA